AUGUUGGGAAAUACUAAAUUUUCUGAUCCAAUCAUGGCAAAGUUAGGAUUUCAAGAUACUUGGACAACAAGUGAUUCAAUGUUUUCCUAUUUUAGAACUUUUGAUACAUCAAAAUGUACUAGACAACAUUCAAGUAAAAUAUAUGGAGAUAAGAGUGCUGACAUUGUAUCAAAAGAAAGAGGUUUGAAUUUGGAUGCAGUUUUAGUGUUGUGUGAAUAUUCUCAGCCAUUCUUCCUCAGCACAAAAGAGGAAGAAUUGAGAAAUAUUGAAGUAUUUCAAAGAGUUAUAGAAUUGGAAAGUUCUCAAAGCUUGAUUCGUUCCCAUAAAAUUGAUGAAUUGUAUGGUGAGAAUAUGUGGAGAGGAAUGAGAAGAUUAUCAAUCUUUAUGUGUAGUGAGGCAGUUCUUCAUGAAAAUAUUCAACCUCUCACUCAAACAGUUUCAGAUAUUGAAUCCAUGAAGAGAUUCUCUGAAUCUACUGCAGAUAUUAGCGUUUGUUACUUGUCAACUUGCUCUGUUUGGGUAAAUUAUUUGUAUUAUCCUAUCGAGUUGGCAAAGAGUGCAUUCUUUGGAAAAAAGAAAAGAAGUGGAAAUUCUGGAAUUUGUGCCUUUGUUUCGAAUUGCAAGGAUGGAACCUAUGCAAAAGAAAGAUAUCAAACUCUCACCACAUUAUCCAAGUUUAUUCCAAUAAGACAGUAUGGACGUUGUGGAAGAAAUGCUCAAGAAGGCCCUGAUGGAAAACAAUUUGAAUUGGAGAAUAAUUGCAAAUUCUAUUUUGCUGCUGAGAAUUCCAUUUCAAAGGAUUACGUUACAGAGAAAUUCUUUGAGGGUGUGAAAGCUCUUCAAAAUGGUGCCAAGUUAUUAAUCAUUUAUAGAGGAGCUCAAAAUAUUAAGGAUUGGGGUUUUCCUUCAAGCCUUUUUAUUGACAUUAAUGAUUUCAAAUCAACUGAGGAGCUUGGAGCUUACUUGAAAGAAUUGAAUGACAAUGAUGAGAAAUUUGAAAAAAGAUUUGCUCAAAUAACUGAAGAAGACCGUAAAAAAGUGGAUGAGGUCAUAAACACAUUCCAAUACAAGUUAGGAGCAAAUAUUCCGUGCAGAAUUACAAAAAUUAUUGGAGAGAUGAAAUUGGCAAGAUAUUUACUGUUCAAGAUUGGAUUGAAAUCUAUCAAUAAUAAGGUUAAUUAUUUAGAAUGGAAUGAAUUUAAAAGAAGAUUCUCAGAUUUUGGAAAAGAAAGAAUUCAAAUACUUGAUAGUAUUUAUCAUAUGGCCUUUGGCAUCUUUCAAAGUGAAGGAAAUUACAAGAAUAUGUUCAGUUCUGGUUGGAAAUUUGAUUAA